AUGUACACCUUGCAGGCCGGGAAUCCGGAGCAUGUCGCGUCCAUGGAAGACCUGGACGUGGAAGCUCAGUCCAUCACGCUUCCCCCAAAGCAUUGCAGCCAUCCGGGCAUUCUCACCGCGUUUCUCAAACUUCCCUCCCACAAGCAUCUUUCUUUGGGAACAUCCUCCACAAAUUUGGAACUCAAUGACCCUCGGAGCGAUGCAUCGUACAGUACCCCAAGUGUGGAGUCGGAUAGUCGUGCGAACUCGCGCUCGGCGUCUUUGGUCUCUAGUAGCACCGGCAACCAACGAUACGAUGUCGCGGCCUCCCAACAGGCCGUCAUGGCUCCGGAAAUGAUCUACAGCCGCGACAUUGGUGGCUAUGACUUUGAGUUCUCUUCAACGGAAGACGAAGCCGCUUCAGCCUUCACGCCUCAGCUGAGAAAGCAUCGUGACCUGAUUGCACCGAAGCCUUGGUUGGAUCAAUCUCUUCCAAAGACAUCUGCUCAAGAUGAGCUGUCCGAUGAUGAGGUUGAUCAAGUCUCGGCGGCCCAAGUACUCCAGGCCCCCACAGCGGAGUACAAAGCAUCUCCGACACACCACGCUGGACAAGACGGCCUCGGGCCAGCUCUUGAUGAAUGGAUGGACUGUGUCACUACCGCCACGCCAAAGGCCAGACCCGAGGACACACCCAAGACUCGGAGGAGAGGUAGACGCACCAUCGUGGUGCAAAAGCAUCUCAUGCAAGCCGCCAUUAUUGGCUUGAACGGCCUUUGCAUCUUCAGUACAUGGUGGUGGAGUAGGUAUUACUAUAUCCUGCUGCCCUUCAUUACUGCUACUGUCGCCUUGAACAUCUUCAUGAUUGUAUCAAUCGUCUUCAACGUUAUCCGUCGGCGCAUAUUCCCUGAGAAGCAGACCAUCCCAGAGAAGCCGGAGUCUCUUGUUCUGGUUAUUCCCUGUUACAACGAGACGAAAGAAGAGAUGCUCAAGUCGUUGAACUCCCUCGUUUCUCAGACGAAUAUCGAUCAACAUCCGCGCGCCGUCAUGAUCAUCUGCGAUGGCAAAGUCCGCGGCCCCGACAUGGACAAGACCACUGCCGAUUACCUCUUCGAAGACAUUCUGGUUCAGAAGGACUAUCGUAUUCGCAUUCCUGCCGCCUACCUCGCAUGGGAUCAGCAAUUUAUGGACAUCGAGGUACAGAAAGGAACAUACAAUGGCAUGCCUUACUUCUGCAUCGUCAAGCAGCAAAACCAGGGCAAGCGCGACAGUCUCAUCGUGAUUCGUUCAUUCUUGUAUAACUUCAAUAUCCGUUCCGAGCGACCGGAGACUGUCUUCACGUCUACCUUCUUCGCCCACAUGGCUUCUUUCAUCAACGAGGCCGGCAUCAAUUACGUUGACCAUCUUAUUGGAAUGGACGCCGACACUGUCUUCGACGACGAUUGUAUCAACGAGCUUCUUUUGCAAUCUCGCUUUGACCACGUCGUCGGUGUCUGCGGCUACGUCGCUGUCGACUGGAAGGGCGGCAACUUCAACCCAUGGCGUCUCUACCAGUCUGCCGAGUACACCAUUGCCCAGGGUCUGCGUCGUCUCCACCAGUCCGUCGCAACACACAAGGUGUCUUGUCUUCCAGGCUGCUGCCAACUGCUCAAGAUCUGUGAAGAGACUUGUGGCCCGGAGGUCCUGAUCGAGAAAUUCGGUUACUGUCCAACCCUUACUGACGGCAUGCUCACUCAAAUCCGUGCUACCGCCAGUGAAGAUCGCAACCACGUCUGCCACAUGCUCUCCGCGAGACCCAAGGUGCAGACUCGUCAGGCCUUGAAAGCAAAGGCAUAUACUGAUGUUCCUCGGUCCUGGUCGGUGUUCCUCUCCCAGCGCCGACGAUGGACUCUUGGCGCCACGUCCAACGAUCUGCUUCUUGUGAGCGCGCCUGGUGUACAAUGGUUCGAGCGCAUCCUCGCCGCGGUCAACGUUAUCACUUGGUUCUUGAACCUAUUCAUCUUCGCCAGUGUGGCAAGUUUCAUCAUGGCGGCUAUCAGUGUCCCUCCUGCCAUCCUGAUGGCCUUUGUCUCCGUCAUGCUUGUUCCCGUCACUUACUACCUGUGCAUCCCCUUGUGGCUGUGCACUAAAUGGCUCGACCGGGUUCAGUUCUGGCUCGGAUGUCUGAUGUACAUGUUCUGUGGCCCAUUCCUAAACAUCUCUGUUCUGCUGUAUGCCUGCUGGUACAUGGAUUCUUUCGGAUGGGGAAAGACCAGAAAGGUGGUUACUGAGAGUGAAGAGGAGACCCAGAACCAAACCCAAACCCAAAAUCAGACUCAGACAUACGCUAUUGAAGAAGCGCAGUCAGUGCCUUUCCAGUUCUCUCAACCCCAAAGGGUCGAGGUUGCCGCUUCGUGA